CACCCAAGGAUUACUUUACAAUAACAAACAACAAAAUGCAAACCACUGAAUCUGGAUCUCCCGAUAUCAUGGAUCAAAAAUACAACUCCGUCAGAUUAUCACCAGCUGCCUCAAGUCGCAUCCUUUAUCAUGUGCCUUGCAAAGUUUGCCGUGACCACAGCUCCGGCAAACAUUAUGGCAUCUAUGCCUGUGAUGGCUGUGCUGGCUUCUUCAAGCGUUCCAUUCGCCGUUCCCGCCAAUAUGUCUGCAAAUCCCAAAAACAAGGCCUCUGUGUGGUUGACAAAACGCACCGCAAUCAGUGCCGUGCCUGUCGCUUGCGCAAAUGCUUCGAAGUUGGCAUGAACAAAGAUGCCGUCCAACAUGAACGUGGACCCCGCAACUCCACCUUGCGCCGCCACAUGGCCAUGUACAAAGACGCCAUGAUGGGUGGUUCUGAAAUGCCUCAGAUUCCCGCUGAAAUCCUCAUGAACACCGCCGCCUUGACCGGUUUCCCUGGCUUGCCCAUGCCAAUUCCCGGACAUCAUCAAAUGCAUCCCAGUUUGGCUGGUGCCUUCCCCCCUCCACCCUCCGUUUUGGAUUUAUCUGUACCCCGUGUACCCCAGCACCCCAUGCAUCAAGCCCACCCCACCUUCUUUGCACCCACUGCCGCCUACAUGAAUGCCUUGGCUGCCACCCGUGUCCUCCCACCAACACCACCACUAAUGGCUGCUGAACACAUCAAGGAAACCGCCGCCGAACACCUCUUCAAGAACAUCAACUGGAUUAAGAAUGUGCCCUCGUUCGGUGAAUUGCCUUUGCCCGAUCAAUUGCAAUUGUUGGAAGACUCCUGGAAGGAAUUCUUCAUCUUGGCCAUGGCUCAAUACCUCAUGCCCAUGAACUUCACCCAGCUGUUGUUCGUCUAUGAAUCGGAAAACCCUAACCGUGAUGUUACUGGCUUGGUGACCCGUGAAGUUCAUGCCUUCCAAGAUGUUCUCAACCAGUUGUGCCAUCUCAAUAUCGACAGCCAUGAAUAUGAACUCAUUCGUGCCUUGACUUUGUUCCGUCGCCCCGGCUCUGAUGAUUUGGCCAACUCCUCAUUGUCCACCACCAGCAAUGGCAGUCCCAACUCCAGCAUUUCGGCCGAAUCUCGUGGUCUCAUCGAAACAGCCAAAAUCUCGGCCUUACAUGACGAAAGCCGCAACGCUCUCAUUGGCUACAUUGCCCGCUUGCAUCCCGGUCAGCCCAUGCGUUUCCAAAGCAUUAUGAGUGUAUUAGCCCAAAUGCACAAGGUCUCAUCCUUUGCCAUCGAGGAGUUGUUCUUCCGUAAAACUAUUGGUGACAUUACCAUUGUUCGUUUGAUUGGUGACAUGUACAGUCAGCGUAAAAUUUAAAACGUAACGCAUAGUUUGCCGUCGGAUAAU